CGAGCGCGGCCGCCGCCAGUCGCCGGCGCGUCCGGGGGGCACAAAGGCCGCAGCAUGGUCCUGGUGCACGUCGGAUACCUGGUGCUGCCCGUCUUCGGCUCCGUGCGCAACAGAGGUGCUCCCUUUCAAAGGUCUCAGCAUCCCCAUGCUACCUCCUGCCGGCAUUUCCACCUGGGUCCCCAGCCUCAGCUCUCCGCCGACUUCGCCCUGCCUCACGCGGUGCAGCCGCAGCCAGGGCUGGCUCCCCACAUGGCCCCCGCGCACCAGCACAGCGGCCCCCUGCACCAGCCCCUGGCGCCCGUGCCUGCCCUGCCCUUCCAGGACGUCGCCGGGCCCUCCUUCCUACCUCAGGCGCUACACCAGCAAUACCUCCUCCAGCAGCAGCUCCUCGAGGCGCAGCACCGCCGGCUCAUGCCCCAUCCCAGGCGGGCCCAAGAGCGCAUGUCGGUCCAGCCUCACCGCCUACACCCCAGCUUCGACUUCAGCCACCAACUGCAGACUCCACAACCCAUGGGGCCCCAGCCCAGGUAUUUGGCAGAGGGCACAGACUGGGACCUCAGCGUCGACGCGGGGCUGACUCACGCCCAGUUCCAGGUUCGGCCGGUGCCCCAGCCCUAUCAGCAUUACUUGGCUACACCUCGGAUGCACCAUUUCCCCAGAAGCACAUCCUCAACCCAGAUGGUUGUUCAUGAAAUAAGAAAUUACCCUUACCCUCAGCUUCAGCUGCUUGCUCUUCAGGGACUGAACCCAAGCAGGCACACAUCCGCUGUGCGGGAGAGCUAUGAAGAGCUGCUGCAGCUGGAGGACAGGCUGGGCAGCGUGAGCCGGGGCGCCAUCCAGAACACCAUCGAGAGAUUCACCUUCCCCCACAAGUACAAGAAGAGAAGACCACAGGAAGGCAAAGCUGAGCAAGACGAUGGUGAGGAGUCAGAUACCGACGAGAAAUGCACAAUCUGUCUGUCCAUGCUUGAGGACGGAGAGGACGUCAGGCGAUUGCCCUGUAUGCAUCUCUUUCACCAAGUGUGCGUGGACCAGUGGCUGGCCACCAGCAAGAAGUGCCCGAUCUGCAGGGUGGACAUUGAAACACAGCUCGGCUCGGACAGCUGAAAAGACUAGCUGGACACACCAUUUUCCUUACCAGGUCGUAUGGCCAUAAACCCUUGCAGCGAAAUUUUUUGCCUUCUGAGCCAUUUGAUUGAGAGGGGAAGUCUGCAGGCACGUUAGUGAGGAGAAGGAGGUGGUGAUACAAUAUCUAGCAGUAGGAGAUAUUGCACAUAUACGCAGGAUACAGGCCCAGUGAAAGGGAGCUGGCAUUCCCGGAGCUCAGAGACCCCGUGCUGCAGAAGAUUUUAGUGUUGAAUAUGAAGGAACUAGUUGUGGUAGUCCGGCCUGUCAAUCCUGCUUUUCAUGGGGAUUGUAUAUAUACCUCUCAAAUAUGUAGAAACAUGUUAGGGGUCCUUUAGCUAUUUCUAUGGAUGGCAGCUGGAGCAUGUUAGCUUAAGAAAUGUUGUGUUUGAUGCCCUACUCAUCUUGUGGUGGACAUGUUGCUGUUACCUAAUUUGCACCAAAUAUUUUUUCAUAGAUUCCUUAUUUUGGUGCCUGAUUAAUACAUUGCAGAGGGGGAAUAAAGAGGUCAAACUUUCCCAUCCUUGGGGUGGGGGAAAGAGGAGAAAAAGCAAAAUCCUGUUUACAGUCAGAAGGGUUUGCGCUCUUUGCCUCAGCCGCGUGUGCUUCUUUCCCUUGCAUUUAAAGUGUGUUGCAAAUUUAGAGAAGCUUAAUAAAAAUAAAAAUUGGGGAUAAAAUGAACGAAGCAAUAGGGAAAAGCUUCGUUCCUGCUUGUCUGCUGGUGCUGGACACUUUCUGUAGCGGCACAGUAUUUGAGUAGAUGCUGUUUCUUUGCUUUCUGUAUUUUAACAAAGUAGCUUGUCAUAUCAAAA